AUGUUACGCGUCUCUUCGGUAUUAACGAGACGAGUCGGACAGUUCCGUCUUCACUCACUCAUUGCUGUCGUUCUUUUUCAGGAUGACAUCACCGAAGAUAAAGGUCAGCAUGACGUCAACAGCACCACCAAUCAGCGAAAUCUUCACAAAGCUCGUGUCUCACCUCUCCGGACGUCCAUCACAUCGCCGGCAGGUCCAGAGGCGGCCAGCAGCUCAGCCAAAACAGUCCAAGGGGGGCUCGGCCAGGAUGCCUCGAGGUCUCCGAAUUACACAAGAAGUUCUUCAAGACUGUGGAAGAGCCUUGGGAAAUACAAAGAUGAAACGCUCUCAAAGAAAAUCUAUUCGACUCCGACGAAGGCAACGUACUGCGGAGAUGUCCUCGAUAAGCACUCGAAGUGGUUCACCCGGCGGAGUAAGCCGUUCACGCCGAGGACACUGAAGAAAGCGGCCAAGCCUUUCUUAUCGAGUUACCGGUACUACACGCCGCCCAAGAGGGGCUCACCAUCCCCUGCGAACAGGUCGACGGAUGUCCCAGUGCUGGCUUUAGAGGAAUACAGAAGUCAGGAUGCCACCCAAUAUCAAAAACAGGACCACAGAGGAGGGCUGCGCUUUUUCACAGCAUCUCAGGAUCCAUCUGACACUCUAAGGGAAGAAGAACUGCGGUAUCUGGACUUCCUUGAAGACGUCACCAAUGAGAUUCUACUGAGAGGAUGUUACUCGAACAAGGUGAUGGACAGCGUCUUCCAAAAGCACAUGGAGCGAAGAUAUGACCUGAAUAAGGUGCGGAUGAGGACCAUCCUGCAGCAUCUCGCUCAUGACAUCACCUACAGCAGCAACCUCCUCGACUUCUCCAUAAGCUACACGGGUGAACGUCGCGAAGGCCUUCCACUGACAGGCUCGGCCUCAGAAGCCUUAAGGAGUCAAUUCCUGAAAAACACAAGAGACGACAAAGGACAGGAGGCCGAAAUCUCUGAGUUAAGGGAAACAAAUUCGAGGGACGCGGAAGUUGAUAACUUGAGGGCGACGUUCACAAAGGCGUUGCACGUUUAACGUUAACAUCAGAAACCAGAAAUAGCCAAUCCCACGAUUUAGGGGAAGUAAAUAUUUAAUGGAAAGUUUGUCACGAAUGAUGGGAAAUCUUUUCAGGUGGAAACGUGGAAAUGGAUUUAGUGGCACAUCAAACAUUCAUGGCACUUUUCCUUGAUAUUUUGUCACAGCACAAUGAUCCGCGUUCAUCCAUUUCCGAAGCUGGUCACUGGAAGAUUAGAUUUUAGAGCAAAGCAUAGAGGAGGCGUUUCUAGAGGUUUAUAGAUUGAAGAAAACAUUUAACACCAAAGUCCAAUGUGUUAAAAUCAAUUGACCGGUGUACGGCAUUGAAUGGAGAUUUAGAACGAAUGAAAAUGUCCUUAA